AUGGAAAAGGCUGUAAAACAAAGAACUAAAAAAGAUAAAGCUAAAAACAAAGAUGUUAUUGAGGAGUUAGGACCUGCACCAUUACCAAUACGUGGUAGACAAGAUUAUUAUAUAAAACCACAUGUUUUGAACGAAGAAAAUACUAAUGAGACAUGUAAGGAAACAGAAAUUAGAAAAGACUCUACAACUGUAAUUGCAUCUGCACCCGCAAUAGAUGAAGAUGAAACUGAUGUUAUAAAAUCACCUGAUAAAGUGAACGACCGAUAUCAGCCAAAAUACAAUAUUAGUAACGUUGAUAAUGUCAUAUCAAAUUCUCAACUUUACCCUCAAUUAAGUAAAGAGAUUUGUAAUAAUAAACCGUUUGAGGAUAUUAAACAUUUAAAAGAGGACAAUUCUUGGUAUGCUGAGGAAUCUUCACCAUAUCGUUCUUUGGUGCAUGAGGAAAAUUUUAUUAAGGAAAAAAUGGUUGAAAAAGACGCAAUUCAUUAUGAAAUUAAUAAUUUAUUGAUGGCAUAUAAGGAUUUAGAAGUCUUAAGAAAUCGCUACAAUUUACAUGGCAUCGAUGAAGCACUUCAUUUAAAUCAACAUAUCGUACAAAUAAUGCAAGAUGAUUUGUUUCCUAGAAGUAUUUUUAUUCAAGGUCUUUUGGAAAAAUUUCGCCAAUAUAGUAUAGAUAACAUUAAUGCAAUUGUUGAUAAUCAAAUGAAUGUUAUAAAUUUACAAAAUUCUGAAAAGGAUGUAUGGAAAGAGGAGAUAAUUAAUCAAGAUGUUACGGGGAUAUGUGGACAUGGUAGUAAAUGUAAUGGUAUUGUUACAAUAUCCAAUUUUGUAUUUCAACAAGAAGCUUAUAAUAAAUUCUGUAACGUGACAAACGAUACAUUUAAUCAUGAAUUUAAUAAAUUGUAUCCACUAGAAAUUGGUAUUCAAAGUUUGGUAACUCAAAUAGAAUGGUGCUUACAUCGUAUUAUGAUAGAUUUUGAUGCUGAAAUAAGAACACAAUCAAAUAUACUAUCAAUAACUAAUAACACAAAUAAUAAAGUAGAUAAAAGUAUAAGAAAGGAGAUUCGUAAAAUACUAGCAUGCCUUUUCUUACAACUUCGAAAACCGGUAGUGAGUAAAGACUAUUCAAAUUAUAUAACUAAAUGGAUAAAAAUGACUGUCGCAAUAUUAAGCAAAUGUAUAGAUGUUUCAGAUCAAAUCGCAAUUAUUACUCAUCUCUUACGGUUACCCGGUGAAUUGUAUGAAGGUGCUACUGAUCUUAUAGUUCCGUGUUUAACAAAUUGUUCAUUUGAUCAGUCAAUUACAUAUUUUGGACUACUUAUAUCAACGUUAAUGAAACAAGUAUAUAAUAGAGAGGAGUUUUUAUCGGAAAUUGGUAUUACAUCUGUGGAUGAGGAUGAUUUUUUAGUUAUAAAUGAGGAUUCAAAUAUUGAGAAUCCAGUAAAGUUACAACAAUCAGUUCUUAUAAGUAUUUUUGAUAAAUUUAAAAUAGACGAUUUAAUUGGUGGACAUCAAAAAUUAUUUAUUACAAAAUAUGUAACUUUAUUGGGUGAAGGGUUAGAUAAUUAUUCGGGGAGAUAUGAUUAUAAAGAUUUUAUGAUAAGGAUAGCUCAUAUGCAAAAAGAAAUAAUAUAUUGGUUAUAUAGUUUGUAUGGUGCAUCACAAAGACAAGAAAAUUCUGAGUAUUGUAAUUUAAUUAAAGCUGAUUUAUCUAAGUUGAUGGUAUAUUUUUUUUAUAAAAUAGCAAAUACUGAUUGUCCAAUAAUAGGACAAGUAUUAGUUGGAUUACCUUUAGAUGGAAUGUUUAUUGUUGAUAUUUAUAAACUUAAUUUUAUACUUACAACAGAUAUGGAUAAAUUAAAAUUUAAUAAUCUUUUUGAUGGAAAAUUUAUUGAUUGUAUGAUUGAGAAAAGGAGGAAAAAAAAGUGGGGUGAUUUAUUUUGUGAAAUGAAUAAAGAAAUAACAGUUAAUGAUGCAUGUUAUUUUAAUGCUCUUGCUGAAGUUGUUAGUAAUUUGGAUUUUGUUGACAUUAGUUUUGUUGAACAAAUUUUAGAAUCAUGUAUGAUUGAUAGUUUGAGUAGAGAAUUAUUUUCAAAGACAGGAUCAGAAAUGAUAUCUUCAAUGUUAAUGAAUAAACCAGAAUGUUUUAAAAGGAUACUUGAUUUUAUUGGUAGAAGGCAUGCAGACUUGAAUUCAUAUGCUUUAGAUAUUUUUAAAUGUUCAAAUUUAUCUGGUGUUAUUCCAAGUAUUGAAAUAGUCAAUCAACUUGGUAAAUGGUUGAUAUUAUUUGAUAUAUCCCAUCCUGUUGCUAGAGUUUCUAUCUCUGUUUUAAAAUCAGUUAAUUGGAGAAAUUGUUAUAAGAAUGAAGAAUUUGAAUUGUAUGACUGUGUUGGUAAACUUUUAGGACAGUUGCAGCUUACUAAAUGUGCUUCAAUAAAUAAAAAAAUUGCUAAGGGUUCAUUAAACAUUACUAAACAGGUAGAAAAUAAUAUAUAUUUAGAGUUUAAUAAUUUUUUAUGGGAUAUUUGUUUACGACUUCCACAAUUACACAUUUCAUUUCCUUAUAAUGAUUCAGAUGAUGUCAUUAAUUCUCCCAUUAGUCAAUUUUUACAUAUAAUGAGAAAUUGUAUGGAUACAAUAGAAAAUUUUAAAACAUAUGGUUAUUUUUAUUUAGAGGAAUUACAUAAACAAGGAUGUUAUCAGGCUGUAGCUAUAGUCAUUGGAAGAUUAUUAUAUCAGUUUAAUGUACAAAUUAUUAUAAAUUUUAAUAACAAAGAAUUUUUAGGAAUGUUUGAAGCAAUGUUAACAUCAAAUGAUACCUAUCUUGCAUUUUCAAUGAUUGGAUUUGGUGCCAAGUUUCCAACAAAUAUAGUUCAUUUUUUUAGAAAUAUUAUUCUAUUAUAUUUGCACUUGCUUGUUACAAAAAAUUCAACUAAAAAAGAGAUAUAUAAUUAUAUGAUAUCAGUUUUAAAGUUGUUAUCUCUUAGAACACAAAUUGAUUUUUAUAAUACAAUGGAAUUCACAUAUAUCUUUGAUUGUUUUGUUCGUUAUUAUAUUACAUUUGGUUUAAAUGAUUUUUCUUUUGAUGAGGAGUUUGAAAAAGAACUUUUUAAUAUUUAUAUGGAUAAAACGUUUGAAAAUAAAAAAAAAAUUGAAGGAUCGAUGUUUGGAUUCAUGAAAUCAUAUGAAAUGCCGUUAUUUUAUACAAAAACACCUAAUUGUGAUGUUUCAGAAUAUAUUUUAUUGUCAAUUUAUUCAAGACGUACACGUGAAUGGCAGGAUAUGUUUUUUGAAUAUAUAGCAAAAGGUAAAUCACCAGAAGCAUCAAUAGUAAAAGUUAAAAAUAGACUUAAACUAGAUAUAAAUUUACAUCAUUUACCAAUUGUGCAAUGGCUUCAAAUGGCUAUUGAUAAAUGUGAUGAUUGUCUAAUUUAUCCAUGGAUAUUACAAACACUUUUGUAUCAAAUUUUUGAAUAUAGAUGUUGUAUUACCAAAGGUCAUAAAAAAUAUUUACAACUUAUUGAUAUAUGGAAAUCAAAUAACAAUGGAAAUUCUAUUAUGACAAACAUAGACUUAACAGAAUAUAUUGAGGAAUCUUCACGAACUUUUGAUUAUUCAUUAAAACGUUUUGAAUUAGAUUGUUAUAAUAGACGUGAUAAAAUGCACCAUCAACCAAAAUGGUUAAAAUAUAAAAAUAAUUGGAUUGGAUUGUUUGAACAAUAUAAUAAUUUUGAUACAUCGCAUUCGUUAAUGGAUUUUUCUGUUUUACAAUUUAGCACACAACUACCAGUAUAUUCAUUUUAUGGUAGUGGAAAGCAAGAAAAUUAUGUCAUAGCAAAUAAUUCAAAUUUCAAUGAAUCAUUUAUUAUUUUAAAAAAAUACAUAAAUGAAUAUUUUAAUAGUAAAGAAAAAUUGGAAGAAAUAUUGACAAAAUAUAAAAAUAAUGUUUUAAAAAGAAUGCAACAAACAAAUCAACUUAUUCAUGGAACAUUAUAUUGUAAAAAACAACCAUUUAAAAAAUGUGAUCGUCCUGUUAAUAUUUCUGUAAAUUUUAAUGUAUAUAAAGAAGUACCUGAUAUACUUAAUCAAAUUAAUCAAUUAAGAAAUCAAAAAACAAGUGAUAUAUAUCGUAUGAAGAUAAAACUUUUCAAAGAUAUUGCUUCAAAACAUGCACAAUUAAAUGAUUUUAUUCUUCAUCUUUAUCAAACAAUAAAUAAGUUUAAUAAAAAUAAUUAUGAUGAUGCCUUAUGUGAUAAUUUACGUUACAUAGGACAAAAUAUUUUUGAACGUAUUAUGUGUGAUACAUUAGCAGAAGAGAUGUUAUUUGAACCAUAUAAUGAAUUUAUUGCAGAUGCAAUAAAAUAUUCAGCAGAAAUUGUUUGUACUGAUGAUAGAGGUAAACAAAGAUUUCAAGAACAACUUUUAUUUUUUAUAUUUGGUGGAUCUGGAUUACUUAAUCAUAUAUUACAUAAAAUUUUUCAACCAGGAAUGUUUAAUAAACAAAGUAUAACUACUACAUAUCAAACGAUAUGUGAAAAAUUAAAUACAUUUGGUAAAACUUAUGAUGCUAGGCAGUGUUUAAUAAGAUUUACGGAUAUUUUAUCACAUGAAUCUGAAGAAACAUUAUAUAAUCUUAUUCCAGUAAUUAUAAAAUUUGCUAGAAAAUGUAAAAAUUUUACAGAAGGAACAGAGGAACAUAAUCUUUUAUUGAUGUUUUCUGAUCAUCUUAGUAUAAUAGUUAGAAGAACACUUCCAGGAUCAAUAUCAGUCAUAAUUAAAGAUUUAGUAAAUUCAUGUGAUGAAAUAAUUUUUCCUGAUACAUUAGGUACUGCAUUAUAUGAAAAAUUAAAUAUACCUUUGGUAUUAAACAAUAGAGAUGUUAGUACAAUUGAUAUGUCAAUAAUAAAUGAAUUAACAGCUUUGGAUUUAUUAAGAUAUAUUAAAAAUACAUGUGAAAAUAAAAGAUCAUAUCAUAAACAAAAAUUAUUUUCUGUUUUAGGAAAAAAUGUUUGUAUGAUUAGUGAUAUGAUAAGAUUUUUAUUAAUUAUCAUGGGUCAUCAUUAUAUUAGAAAUCCUUUUAAUAUUUCUACUGUUGAUGAAAAGAUGCUUAUUUUAUUACAUGAAACAUGGGAUUUUUUGUUAUUUCCAACAACAUUUAGUGAUAAAGAUAUACUUUCUUGGGAAGUUAAUGACCAACAAUUUGGAAAUUUUGUAUAG